CCUGCUGUGCAAACUCUGCAGGCAUGACUGUGUAGCCAAGCACAGAAAUAAUUGCAUCAUUAAGUUGGCAGUUGAUAGCACUAUGAUGUGUCUCAUAAACAAUGAUAAGAGUGCCAACAGGAGUGAGAUACAUGAUCUGUCUUGUGUCUCAGGAACUGAUUGUUGACUUCAUGAAGAACAGAGGUGAUCCAAAAAACAUGGAUGGUUCUCCUAUGGAAAUCUUCUGCACCUUCAGAAGUCAGGGCAUUCUCUUAUGGUCCCUCCACACCCUCAAGAGAGACUGCACUUUCUGAGGAGACUCAAGAGCUUUGGGAUUAGCCCAGUAAUCUUGGUAAACCUUUAACCUUGCAUCAGCCCUGAAAGAGAAUGGCAGUGACAGUGUCCAGUGACUUGUCUGUUAGUGUAAGUGAAGACCACGUCGUGAAAAAGUUAACGGACAAACAGGAGAUCUUGAGAGAGAGCUUACGGAAAGGGGAACCCAAGGCAAUGGGGGUUUCUCAAGUGACGCUGGGAUUUCUGGUCAUCACUUAUUCUAUUCCACUGCUCUCCAGCGAGUUCACAGAAGUUGUCAGGUUUGGUGUGCCGUGGUGGAGUGGCAUAUCAUUUGUUAUUGCAGGUGCUUUUGCCUUAGUAACGGAAAAACACAACAGCAUAAAACUGGUCCUUACAUGCUUGGCAGUCACAGUGCUGGCUGCUUUCAUCUCAGUCAUCGCACUUAUCUUCUACAUUGUUGACAUUUUUAAGAACUCGGAAACAGCUUGCCAUUCAGACGUCGAACACUUGUGCGAUGACCUGUAUUAUGCUGCUAUGUUCAACAGAGAAAUGAAGUCAAUUCUCACCUGCCUCAACAUAGUUCAGACUGUCAUCUCCUCUGCUUUCUCAUUCAUGCUGUACAAUGAGAGGAAACGGUUUAUAAACUACACGUUUGUGAAUUGAAGAUUUGUUCAUCAAAAAAAUGGACUUCAAUCAACAGAUGCCACACAUCAAGUUUAUUAUACUUAUUCUUAAAUAUAUUACUUUACAUUAUGGUAUGUUGUGACUUAUAUUUUUGAUUCUUUCAACAUUUUAUAAAAUACAUACAUUAAACGUUUGAAAUUGUAGUACAGUUACAUUAAACAGUGUUGUGAAAGAGUCCAAUCUAAAGAGAGUGCUGGUUCUGAGAGGCCUGUUGUUUUUCACGUUUCCUUGAAUGGACAGUGAGAGCUGUGUUGUGCUGGAUCUUGCAGCUGGUGGCCUUUAACCUUCUGAAAUUCUUCCAAUUGUCCCUAGAGUAUUUCUGUUUCAUGGCAACAUGAGCACUAAGUUUUUCUGCCUUUGUAAGAGAAAACAAGCCGCUAGUUUCUGUUGUAUUUCUUUUUCUGUGUGAUCCACAUUCAGGGGUGAUAAGAAGCACUGUGCAGCCUAAUGUUAACCACAUAUUACACAAUCUUCGUUUCAACCUACCUAGAAGAAUUGCUUCCAUGAACAUUUUGUGGAUGUUUUUAAGACUUGUACUGAAUAAACAUUUGCAUGGGGGAAAAAUAACAUUAUAGGUCAUUAUUAUGUUUCUAUAUUAUGUUUCUAAAAUGUUGUAUGAUUGUUGCAAAACUAGUAUUAUAGUGCAUUUAUAUAUUUACUGAAUGUCACUGAAUGGACAUUUACUGCAGGAUGUCUGCAGUUUGUUGCGUAAAUGUUUGUAUAAAAAUACAUUUAUUUGUUUAUAAAGUCAUUUAAAUCUAA